AUGGCUGCUGGUGACGCUAUGGACGCGGACGAGCGUGUCGACGGGUCCGAUGCACGCAUAGAUGCUGGUAUGUGUUGGAAUUACAUGCUUACUGUAGCGAAUGCAACGGAGCAUCCUGUUGAAGACAUGCACAUUAAAGAUGAGCGCAUAGAGGAGCGUUUGGAAGAACGUGCAGACGACGCUUUGGAAGUAAAACAGGAAACUGAGUACGAUGGCGCUAGAGAGGCGGCUGCAGAGGCCGAAAAUCCUGUAGCAGCGGAAGCUGAGGCUGAGGCUGAGGAGGCUGCAGAAGAGGAGCUUUUUGAUGAGGACGAAGACGAGGAAGAGCUCGGCAACGAUGAAGAAGACGAAGACGCGGAAGAAGAAGAGGGCCCGCGCCACCCCAAGAAGCAGCGGCGGAACCGCUUUUUGGAUGUGGAAGCCGAAGUUGAUAAUGACGAUGAGGAUGUCGAGGAAGAAGAGGCAGAAGAGCUCCUUCGCGAGGAGGGUUUCAUUGCCGACGACAUGAUCGACGAGUCGCGCGAGGCACAACUUCGCACUGCCUCGGACAACCAACGUCUUGAUCAUGUCCGCCGCAAAGAGGAGGAGAUGAGUGCAGAAGCGCUCGCAGAGGAACUCAAGCAGCGCCACGCGCGCAAUGCGCGUUUCUCGUCGCAGUCCGACUACGCUGAAGUGCCGCAGCGCCUGCUGAUGCCCAGUGUCGAGGAUCCUGGCCUUUGGCGCAUUCGUUGCAAGCGUGGUCGUGAGCGCCAUCUUGUUUCUACUGUGAUGCGCCGCGCACUAUCGCAGGAAGCGAUCGGAAAGCCGCUGUACAUUCUUUCCGCAUUCUGCCGCGACUCGCUCGAAGGGCAAAUUUUUGUCGAGGCGCGCCGUGCGGACGACGUCGUUGCUGCAUUCAACGGACUUGCUGGUGUGUACGUCACAAACCAAAAACCAUUCCUUGUCCCUAUUUUGGAGAUGGCUGACCUUCUGAAGCUGCAAAAGAAGCACACAGAAGUGCCCGUCGGUGGCUGGAUUCGUAUCAAGCGCGGCAAGUAUGCCGGGGAUCUCGGGCAAGUGCUCGAUGUGGCAGAGAAUGGCGAAGAAGUUGGCAUCAAGCUCGUCCCCCGACUCGAUCUGAACCCCAGCGAGCGCGACACGUACACGGACCGGUCCGGGCGUAAACGCAAGAAACCCAUGAAUGCCUCGUUGACGGCCAUGGGCUUUCGUCCUCCGCAGCGUCUCUUUAAUGCGGAGGAAGUGCAAAGAGCGUAUCCUCAUGAGACCCCUACAAAACGCGGCGGCACAUGGCUCUUUGGUGGGGAAACGUUCCGCGAUGGGUACCUUGAGAAAGAUUUUAAGGUCACCGCGCUGACCACGGAAGAAGUCAAUCCAUCGCUGGACGAAGUUCUUCGCUUUACCGGCGAGGCACCCAAAGGCGAUGGCGACCCUGCAAAUGGCGACGGAAUUGACUUGCAGCUGCUUGCCAAUGCAUCCAAGCGCGGGCUUGAAGAGACUCUUCAGCCUGGCGACCAUGUCGAAGUAUUCGAGGGCGAGCAGGCUGGCGUCACGGGCAGGGUCGAGACGAUUGAAGACGAAGUGGUUACCCUUGAACUGCCUCACGAAGCGCUCGACGGCCAGAAAAUCGAAGUUCCCGCCAAAAGCGUGCGUAAGCAGUUCCGUGCAGGUGACCACGUCAAAGUCCUCGCGGGUAAACAUGCCGACGAGACCGGCCUUGUCGUUAAAGUCGAAGAUGGAAUUACUACGUUCCUCUCAGAUCUAUCGCUUACGGAAGUGUCUGUGUUUAGCAAGGAUAUCCGCGAAGCAGCUGAGGUUGGCUCGGGUGUGAAUGUCAUUGGCGGCUAUGAGCUGCAUAACCUUGUCCAGCUCGAUGCGCAAACCGCCGGUGUGAUUUUCAACAUUGAGCGCGAAUCGUUCAAGGUACUCGACCAAAACGGCCACAUCGUCACAGUCAAGCCGCACCAAAUCAGCAUGCGCCGCGACACGGCACGGUCCGUUGCUUUGGAUCAUAACGGCCACGAGGUACACGUCGGUGACAUGAUCAAGGAAGUCGAGUGGCAGCUGUCCCAGUUCCGCCAAGGACAAGUCUUGCAUAUUUACCAAUCCAACCUGCUUUUUGUACACUCGCGCGAUUAUACCGAGAACGGCGGCUUGUUUAUCGUGCGCUCAAACCAGGUCGAGCCCCUCGCGCCGACGGCGGUCAAGUCCAGCACGCAAGACUUGUCCAGGAUGAACCCCGCGCUUGCAGAGCCAAGCACGGAAGGCGGCGCAAAUGCCAUCGCUGCCCGCCGCGGCGGAAGAGAUAUUUUUGCCGGGCGCCACGUCUCGAUUGUGCGAGGGCCGUACAAGACGUAUCGCGGGAUCAUCAAGGAUACAACGGGUGGUAUGGCACGCGUCGAACUGCAUACCAUGAGCAAAAUCCUCACUGUCCCUCUGGAUUCCAUGGUCGAAAAGAAUCCUGUCACGGGCGAGAGUCGUCGCUUGGUGGGGCCGCCGGGUCCUGGAAUGGGCGCUGGCAUGUCGAGACCCGCAACGAAUCCGUACUCGGGUAUGCCGGGUGGCAUGACGCCAGCGUACAUGGGAGGCGCCAAAACACCAGCAUACAAUCCUUACGGUGGCGCACAGACGCCAGGUUACGGUGGUAUGGGCGCCACGCCCAAUCCUUAUGCUGGCGGAAGGACGCCGGGCUACGCGGGAAUGGGCGCGACGCCGAAUCCGUACGGCGGAAGGACGCCGGCAUACGGUGGUAUGGGCGCAACGCCGAAUCCUUAUGCUGGAGGCCGCACGCCUGCACAUGCAAACAUGACGCCGAAUCCGUACGGAGGUAGGACGCCGGGCUACGCGGGAAUGGGCGCAACGCCGAAUCCGUACGGCGGUGCACAGACACCUGCUUACGGUGGUAUGGGCAUGACACCGAAUCCGUAUGGAGGCGCAACGCCUGCUGCAAAUCCAUGGGCCAGUGCGCCUGCUUCGGCGCCUGCAGCCGCUCCGCAGUCGCUCAUCGACGGUAUCAAGGUUCGAAUCGUGCGUAACUUCCGUGGUGGAUCAUAUCAGCGUGGCGCGUACGAUGGCGAAUUGGGCACACUCUUUUCCAAGAACCCAGUCUCGUGCAAAGUCACGCUCGAGACGGGGACGCAGCUGGCCGAUGUCCCGGUUGAAUGUGCAGAGCCUGUGCGGCCGACGGGCAACGCAGGCGAGCAGUGCAUUGUAACCGAUGGCGCUUACCGUGGAUCGCGCGUUACUAUGCAAUCCAUCGACGAUGGUAUUGCCGAGGUUUUGAAUAGCUCUGGGCAAACACAGGAACUUGCGGCCAGCAGUUUGGCCCUGGCAUAG